AUGGCAGAUCGGGGUCGCGGUGCAGCUCGUGGUGGUGCUCGUGGGGCAGCACCCGUGAAACGUCUUCAAGGAGGUGCGCAUACAGGCCUCGCUGCAGCAUCUGCAGACAAACCUCGGCGGGAGGCCAUUCUCGACCUCUCCAAGUAUGUCGAUGAGCGCAUCAGAGUCAAGUUCACUGGCGGUCGCGAAGUAACUGGCACACUCAAGGGCUACGAUCAGCUUCUGAACCUCGUCCUUGACGACGUCACGGAGGAAAUGCAGCUCCCAAAACCUCAUACUCGCUCUCUGGGCCUUGUCGUUCUCCGUGGGCCAACUAUAACCGUGCUCAACCCUGUCGAUGGGUCAGAUGAGAUCGCCAAUCCUUUCCAAGGCCAGGAGCAAUGA